GUGAAGAAAACGGGUUCAAUUUUGUUUUCCAAUAAAUACCCAGAUUCCAGAUAAAAACCCUAACCCUAAAUUCCUCUAAAAGAGAUAUCCUCUCUCACCUCCUGACCGGAUAAGCAACGACAAUCACAAAUGGGUAAGGUUCACGGAUCGUUGGCACGUGCGGGAAAGGUGAGAGGGCAGACCCCAAAGGUGGCCAAGCAAGACAAGAAGAAGAAGCCUAGAGGUCGCGCCUAUAAGCGCAUGCAGUACAACCGCCGUUUCGUUACCGCCGUUGUUGGCUUUGGGAAGAAGCGUGGACCCAACUCUUCAGAGAAGUGAGGCUGGACUCGUUGGAGUCCUGUAUUUUAUGAUGUUUGAAAGUUUGAUGGGAAAAUUAUAUUGAAAAGUUUAUAGCUUCAUUAGCAUCAUAUUGUUCCGACUCAGUUUGGAGCCUUUGUUUUAAGGAAAUUAUUUGUUUUGAAAUAUUUUUUUAAGGAAACUAAAUACUAGAUAUGUUGAUUUCAAA